CCUCGGCCAGCCUGUGCUCGUGGAUCAGGCGCUCGGCGGCAUGGCGCAGGUCUCGGUAGUCGGCACCCGACGUCUCCUGCCUACACCGGAUGUGAGGGCAGAAUGGCGCAGCUUCUGUUCUUCGGCAGGCCGGAUGUGAGGUACCCUCAUCCCACAGCCAAGUAUGGAUAACUGAACUUCUAAUCCAUAACAAGGCGGCGGACGUUCGAGGCCUGUUGGAAGGUUACGGAUUUGUGAGGCUACAAGAGGAGCAUGCAGACAGCUAGAUAUGGAUGGAGUGAACUAGCACGGCGGCAGUGAGGGGGAGUUAGAUGGCCGGGGCGUGCAAUAUGGGAGACGGCGCGUCUGGAUUGAGUCGGCGGCGUUUUCUCUCGACAGUCGACAGCCAUGACAGAUUCCAGAUACAAACUAAUAAGAGUUUGGUUUUCUUUUAAUGUGAAAAAUCAGAGGUCUAAAAUACCCUCAAGAAUUGAACGGUAAGAUUAGAUAUAUACUGCUCCUUUUUCCGUAGCAGUAUAGGUACCAUAAAAGAGCUCUUGUUUGAGGAGUGGAGAUCACCUCCAGUCCAAAGGGAUUUGAAGGAAGCUGCGUUGGGCAUUUCGUUGGUUGACUUGAGUUUCAGAAUAUGCCUACAUCGUGCAUUAUUGCUAGUCACUGUCAUGGGGUUAAUUAAGUCGAGCUGAUCUUAUAUCGUGCUCCUACGGGUACAACAAGGCUAUAGCUGUGGAGGAGCAAGGAAGCGUCCAAGGUCACAAAUCAAGCACACGCAACACACACACACACACACACACACACACACACACACAUGGACGACGGGGCGGCGGAGGCCGAAGCGCUGCGGCUCCGUCUGGCCGCCGUCGCCAGGAAGUGGCUGGAGGACCCGCGCGCGGACUACGCCGGCAAAAUCACCGACGCGGCCAGCCAAAAGGGGCACGCGCUCAACUCGCUGGUGCUGGCCGGCGCACGCAUCUCCCUCUCCGAGCACGGCCGCGUCGUGUGCUCGUUCCACGUGCCGCCGCCGCUCACCGACUCUGACGGGACGUGGCACGCGGGGGCGCUGGCGGCGGCGGCGGACAACAUGUGCUCGGCGGUGGUCUUCACGGUGGUGGGCGCGCCCACGUCCACCGUCCACUACGGCCUGUCCUACUUCUCGCCCGUCGCGUGCAACGAGGAGGUUCAGUUGGACGGGCGGGUGGUGGGCCGGAAAGGGAAGCUCACGGCCGCCGUGGUGCGGGUGCGGAAGAUGGGAUCCGGCGAGCUGGUGGCGAUAGGGAGGCAGUGGAUGACCCCUGCCUGGCCAACGAAGAGCAACAAAAGUAGGAGCAAGCUCUGACACAAGUUAAAAUGUCGUCCGAUCGAUGAUUUCAGAUUUGAGCAUCUCCGUUCAACAUAAUAAAACAAAAGAAAAUCCAUUUUACUAA